AUGGUCGCCACGCCCCGCCUCAGAUUGUUUUUCGGCGCAGUGUCCGCUGCUGCCUUUAUCGCCAGCGCAGUUGGUGCACCGACCUUGUCCCAAUCCGACAUCAGCCUGCUUCAGUUUGCGUUGACGUUAGAGCACCUCGAAAAUGCGUUCUAUACCGGGGCCCUAACGAAGUACAGCGACGACGAUUUCGAAGCCGCAGGACUCUCGCGUAAAAUCCACGGACGUUAUGAACAAAUCUUGGAACACGAGAGAGAGCACGAGAAGAUCUUGGAGGUCGUUCUCGGCGUCGACGCGGUGGCGCGAUGCGAGUACGACUUUCCGUAUGACAGCCCAAUUUCGUUUGCUGCGCUGUCAGGGAUCUUCGAGUCGGUCGGUACCUCGGCGUACAUAGGGGCCAGCGGCCUCCUCUCGGACAAGGAAGUCUUGACUUAUGGUGCUGCGAUCUUGGGUGUCGAGGCGCGCCAAGCGUCCUGGGUUAACUCCGCCGUGCUAGGCCGCGCGCCCUGGAACGAGGCCUUCGAUACGCCCCUCUCCAUUGAUGCCGCGUAUUCUUUGACCUCGACGUUCAUUUCGAACUGCCCAUCGUCCAACCCCCCUCUCCAGGUUCAAGCCUUCCCCCCGCUCACGCUGUCCGACGCCUCGCCCACCCCUGGCUCCAGCGUCACCGUCUCAUACAACGAUUCCAACGAGAGUUGCGGGCUGGCGCGAUACACCGCGUGGUUCGAUGGCCUGCAGGUGGAGCAUUCUGUGCUGCAGGAGGAUGGGCAGACGACGGUCCCGCUAGACCUUCAGGGGACCGCGUACGUCGUGGUGGUUUGUGGGCUGGACACGCCGGGCGAUAAAAACAUGUUGAGCGGCUUCGCGGUCGCGCAGCUUCCUUUGGAAGCGAACUAA